CUGGUGAAAAUGCACUAUUACAGCUCGCCUAGUCUAUCAGCUCCCCGCUUUCUAAUGUUAAACAGCUAGCUACAGUCGCUGUGGCUAGCGAAGUAAAUGAAAAAAAGCUCUCGUGUACUGUAGCUAGUUAGCUAGCUCCGGCCUUGGCUGUAAUACCGGCUAACGCAUAAUAAGAAAAGUAACGAAUAUUGUUUUUUUCCUGUAACGAUAAAAUGGCGGAAAAGCCAGAGGCUGGAGACAGCGAAGACGAGGUUGAAGAUGUGUACGAAGUGGAGAGGAUUAUUGACAUGCGAACGGAGGAGGUAACGAAACGAGCUAGCUACUACUGCUAGGCAGUUUUGGUUGUUAGCCAGCUAACUGAACGUUAGCUUAAUCUAGCUACACAAUGAGACGGUUUAAACUGUAAAUAGACAACAUAGCUAGCUAGAAAUGCUAAAAUGUCCACGCACAGUUAGUUAGCCAACCGCAAGGAAAUUGAAAUGGCUGCACAACUUUGCCCAUACGACGCCCCCUCCUAACACUAGGCCAAGGUCGGGCAGACUGAUGUUACUCUUUCGCCUUUCUGGACUUCAGCCAGCCCCACUUGCACAGACUUGCAAAAUACAACAAACCCUCUGUGCUAACCGUGCACAACCAACUCGUAAUUGUCUUUCAUAAUCUAGCUAACUAGCUACAUGUGCUAGUUCGUUUGAUAUGCUAGUUGGUUAGGAAAGUGCUAACGUUAGCAGACUAGCUAACAGUCUAGACAUGUUCUAGGUAGGUAGCUAGUUAGCUAAAUGUUUUAGCGAUUAAGCACAUUUUCCACGGUACCUAAAAAGAUGGUACAGUCAGACCAGAACUAUUUAGAUAUCACUAAUUGUUGCAGUUUGGCGGAUAGCCGUUGAUACUUCUUAGGUAACAGUUAGUGUUAAGGGCAAGCAGGACAUUUACGAUCAAUCUCUAAUUGGCAAUACUUAAUCAAUUCCCGACUUGGAAACCACCGCUGUCUUCUAAACUUCCAUGGCUCCUUGCAGGUGGAAUGUUGGAAUUUAGAAAAUGCGCCAUUAUUAAAUUAAAUCAUUUUUUUGCACCAUGAAGUAAUCCAACAAUGUGUAUACCGCCAUCUUGUCUAUUUCAAAUCUUAACUCAUUGAUGGAGAGAAGAUUUGAAAUAGACAAGAUGGCAGUGUACACAUUAGUUUGUUGACAUUGAACAGCUGACUUACCUUGUAUGCUAAUUGGUGUAGACAGUCAACCAUAUUUCUUACACCAAUCCAAUGCUUUUAUAUGUAUGAGGGUAAAUGCACAUUUCGGCGAGAAGGGGGGGAGAACCAGAGUUUGGCAAAGGUCGCUGACAAUCAGACAGAUGGCUACCACAUUUCAGUCUGGUGACAUCACUGUACUACACUAUAGAGGGGCCAUGUGUCACUGAGUGAUUAAGCAGUAGGCUCCUCUAUUAAAGUGCAAGCAAGAAUAUGUGUGUAAGUAAAGGGAGAGAAUGUGUUUGUGUAGGUCUGAUCUGUGUGUGUGUGAAAUGGAGAGAGUGUUAGCUGAAUGGGAGAAAGAGAGGAUUGUCUGAGGCUUGUGAUUGUGGCUCAACAGCGAUUCAGAGUUCCAGAGAAAGAGGGGAGGGCAAUAUUGGAUGAGGGGUCUGUGUGUGUGUAUGGAGAAGUCACAUGCACAGCCAGUUCCUCUUAUCUAAACUGCUUUUGAGCUGAGAGUAUGAAGGAGGGAGAAAGGAAAACAAAGCCUCUGAGGAAGAUGGAGGCAGGUGGAGAGAAACCUGACUAUCUUGUUGUGCUUUGUUUACAAUCACGACCAGCCAUGCACUGUGCUACAGUCACACUUGUACCCCAUUUGAACCAGAACACAUUAGUCACAUGAUACAAACAAGCAAAAUCAACUGUCAAAGUAACCAGGUUUUCAGCCAACCGUUUUAUGUGAGUAAAGUACAUGUUGGAUAAAACAUUUAAUGACAGGCCUGAUGGAAAUAGCAAAUUUGUAUGUAAACUUUCCAAAUGUUGACAAAACAAAAUACGCUAGACAAGGUGGGAUCUUUUUGUGUCUGUAAAAUUAAUUAUGUGAGAAAUGGACGUGGAAACGCCUUUAUACGCAAAUAUUGAUAUAAUAACCAUCAUAUCAAAGUAAACUUGGGAGUCACGUGAUGAUAUGUUGUGGUCCUCCCACUGCGACUCGGGAAAGCAUGCAGUUUAUUAGGCUACAGAUGAAAUAAGUUAUGAUAAACUUCACAGGGUGGUGAAAGUGCACGAUGAUGAGCUUGAUUCUCCUUUCCAAUAAAUAUCUAGGGUCCUAUUCUGGUGACAUGAUGAUCAUGCUUGGCUGUCAUUUGACAAAUAUAAAUUAUCUCGCUCUUUUGUCCAAAAUAAUCUCAUGUAGGUAGCCUACGCGCACUGUAUUGGCUAGAGCGCACAUGCCAAGAUAAGAGUGGACACCUUUGCUAUAUAACACAACAUUUUUUGUGACAAAACAAUCAGUAGAGUUAAAUGCGAUGUAAACCCAUUUAACUUGGGAAUUUAACCUCAAAAGUUAUCUUUAUGUGCAAUACGUUAUCACGCGCAUCCUUUUAUCUGCAACAAGUACAUUUGACGGAGCCACAUCUCAGGCGGGAAAAUACGUAUAUUGAUUUUAGAAUAUUCUCAUGAAAAUCUGUCACCAAUUGGAUGGAAACCUAGCUAGUGUCAGAACUCCUAUCACCUGUGACUGGGUCUCUGUUGUCCCAGUACCCUGGAUGGGAAGGAGGGGACUGGGAGUACUGGCUGUGUGUCACAUUGCCAGACACAGCCGCUCAACGGAAUGUGUGUUUGUCUCAGAUGGAGAGGUCUAUGAGUAGGUAUGGGUCAGACCUAAUACAAAGUCUCUGUCAGGCUUUUUUAUAUACACAGGUCUAUGAGUAGGUGUAGGCCUAAUACAGUCACUCAGUCAGUCUUCAUCUUCUGCAAUGAUGUGAAAGAACUGGACUGACAAAAAAAUAAAAGCAUUCUCCGUAUUGCUCUCACCCACUUGUAUUUGCCCUUGUCUUUAGGGGGAGGUCCUGUACCGCGUUCGCUGGAAGAACUACUCAUCUGAUGAUGACACCUGGGAGCCUGAGGCCCACCUGGAGGAUUGUAGGGAGGUGCUGCUGGGCUACAAGAGGGCUCUGGCAGAGGCUAAGGUCACAAAAGACCAAGAUGCUAAGAAAGGCAUGGUAAGUCCUAUCCAGAAGGAUCAUAGCCAUCAUAAGAAAUGCGAGUCUAAUUGCUGGAAUGAAAAGUGCUUUGUAGGACUGACUGUUACUUAACUACCUUUUGAGUAACCGAUAUUAUCACUUUCAAUGGCUGAUGUGAAUGUCCCCUCUCCUCUGUAGAAGCUGCCCAUGAAGAGUGAUGUGUUCGAUGCUGACUCUGACAGCGACAGUGAUAAAGACAAGCCCACAGACCUUUAUGUCAAGAAGAAGAAAAAGAAGAAGCCCCAAGAAGAGGAUGAGGAGGCACAUCCCCUGAAGGAGAAGAGGAAAAAGAAGAAAGACAAGCGCAAAGAGGACUUCAGGCCUCGUCCAGCACCAGAGUCUGAUGAAGAGGAGCUUUCCCCUCCCCCAACCCCGGGCCGUGGAACCAAGAUGUCCGACUCCAAGAAGAGAUUUGUUGACUCCGAUGAAGAGGAAGAAGCCCCCGUGCCCUCCAAGAAGCACAGGAAGGACAAGGCUAAGGAUGGAGGGAAGCACGGGAAAAAAGAGAAUGUGGAGGAAGGGAAGAAGAAAAAGAAGAAAAAGAAGGAUAGAAGGGGUGAUCUGGAGUCCACUGAAGAUGAGGCCACUGCCCCACUGGAAGAGGAGCUUAGCGAGGGGCCAUCUGAGUCCCAGACAGAUGAUACCACCGCAACAGAAAAGUCUCGCGCUGACGACAAGCCCAAGAAUAAGAAGGGUAAGUCAGAACUGAAGCUGCAGGGCAUCAAGGACUUCCUUCAGGAUAAGAAAGGCAAGAAGCCGGAAACUUCAUCGCCAAUGCUCUCCGCAAGCGGCCUCGCAAAACUAAAGAGCCUCACUUCCUCCAAGAGCCAGGGCCGGGAUGAGCCCACACAAACCUCUGACUCCAGCGACACCCCUGCCCCGGCCCACGUCCACAAGAAGGCCAAGGGCAAGAGCCACGAGGCCACCCCUGCACCGCCUAAAAUCCCCUCUUCCUCAUCCUCGUCUUCCUCUUCCUCCUCUGGUGCAGGGGCCAGCACCAGCAAGACUGUGGAGGAGUCUAAAGUUGUAGUGGGCGGUGAUAAGGAGCAGGCCGCCUCCACUAACCUGUUUGAGAAGUUCCUGCUGAACUGCGAGGCCAAGGACCGCGUUCCCCGCAAACAGAUGGUACACCAGCCCACCCCCACAGAGAACACUAAACCACCAAAGGUACGCCAAGCUGCUCUGCACUAAAUGUAGCGGGGUUAGUAAAUCAAUGCUGGUGACAUAGCCAGCAGCAGGGCCCUCGCUGUUGUGCUGAAAGUCUAUCUUAAGCUGCCUCAAGUAAAAUCUUAAAUAUAUUUCUGUUCAAAUUUCAGCUCAUAGGGAAAAUUGAGAAAAGGACCAAGCUGACAAAGGAGUCACCUGCUCGGAAGCCAGAGCCAGACAAGACCAAACAUACAGACGGUGAGAAGAAUUACAAGGGUCCAUUGUUAAGCUUUUAUUUUUUUAAAUUGUGUAUGAAUGUAGUGGACGCAGCCACUACAUAGUGACUCAAUCAAGACAAACAAAAAUGUAACUGACAUUUUAGUCAUUUAGCGGACACUCUUAUCCAGAGCAACUUACAGUAGUGAGUGCAUACAUUUUCAUACUUUUUCGUACUGGUCCCCCGUAGGAAUCGAACCCACAACCCUGGCGUUGCAAGCUACCAACUGAGCCACACAGGUCCCCCUUUUAUUUGUUUAUUUUCCCUUAUCUAACAUAUUAUUUGUUUAUUCCUCUCUAAUAGCAUUUAGGCCCAGUCAGAGCCCCGCUGCUAUGGAGACUGGUGACAGGGCGGAGGCAGAGGAGGAACCUGCCCAGAAGUCAAAGUUCGGCGGAGAGGACCGGAGGGAGGAGGCUCAACGUUGGGAGAGGAGGACCCAAGAGGAUGACAGGAGGAGGAGGAGGAGGGAGGACAGCGAGCCACGCCUCUUCAUCGUCUGUGACGACAAUCAAGACCCCCUGGAGAGCGCCGACAAGUCUGGUACGCAGUCUGGUACACCACAGAACCAACAAACACACACACAAACACAGAAAAGGCAACACAAACACACACACACGCAUCUGUUACAAAACCUACCGUAUUGCUUACACCUAUCCAAUCCUUUCAGAUCUACACAAGUGUCUAGGGGUUAGGGGUUGUUUCUGGACAGAGUCCCUCAUAAUGGCCAUGUGAAAUAAUACUAAUGUACUAUUGGAUGUGGUUUGUGACUGACAGACAAAGGGCAAGCCUCUCUUAACCUUGGAAUGGACCUCAACUUGGACUGGAUGACACUGGAGGACUUUCAGAAACAUUUGAACGGAGAGGAUGAGAUUCUCUCUGCUCCACCUCUAUCUCCCAGUAAGUGUAUACCCUCUUUCUCUCUCAUGUUUCCCAGCAGUCUCUUAACAUCGGCUGUACAUGGACUUCUCUCUUCCACACACUAUGUACAUAGAUGUUGACAACUACUGAUGGGAAAUAUGUGUCCCCCUCAGGUGAGCUGCGGGAUGCAGUGAAAAGCGGGGAUUACAUGUCUGUGAAACUUGCACUCAAUUCCAAAGAGGACUACAAUCUGGACCAGGAGGUACGUUCUGUGUUCCAAAGAGUACCUCUCACCUGUAUUCUCCUCCCUGCUUUCCUCCUGUCUUUGGGGAGCCCCAGCUGUUUCACAUAUUUAUUCAGUCCCAGUACAAGCACGAACUAGUCACAACUAGUCAAUUAAAUAUGUUUUUACCUUUGUUAGAGUAGCCUAUGUGUGUGGUUAUACUUGUGAGUUCAUUCAAAUGAGGACCAUUUUGGGACCAACAUCACAGUUCUCUUCUCACAAGCUUUAGCCUUGUUCUCGGGUUUUCCAACAAAAAACAUACGUUAACCAACUUGUGCGACAACAGAUUCGCUUUUGAUACAUAUGUUUAGCUAUUGCAUAUACGUCAGCGCCAAGUGCCAUAAUUAAUUACUUAAUUAAAGCCACAAUAUGUAACUUUCAUUAGCGCGAAUGACUGGAAAUUAAAGUUCCAGAUUGCUGCUUUAAUGAAAUGUGUUGUGUAGAAAGAUGUUUCAUUUAGCCAGUCUGGUCAAGCAUAUACAACUGGAUCAACUUAGCCACUCUGAUCGAGUUAUAAUACAGUUUAAAUAUUGGAUAUAACGUGAGAGCCAGUAAUGGCUUGCAGAGGUUGAAUACCAGGACAUUGAAGGAGAGAAUCCGACUACAGUACCUGCUGACUGUAUCCAUUGAGGACCAGUAAGCAAUCAAAGGUAAGCAGAUUAUGCCCUUCAACUACUGUUAUUUAAUUUAGCCUAAUGGAGCUACAGAUUGUUUUGUAAUGAUGUGUUAAACUUGAAUAGGAAAAUGCAGUUUGUAAAAUUAAUGUUUACUGCAUUGCUUUAAAAAAAAAAACGUUUUGGCUAUCAUCAUACCUAAUAAACUGUUGUGCCAACUUGAUGGCUGGCAAUGAAUAAAUCCAAGCUUACAUUGCAUUGAAUGUUUGUUGUUGUUGUGCACAGUUGGCAGAUAAUUUUCAUACGUUACUAUGGAGACAGCUAGAGUGAUCUCAGACAAGUAUUAUCUUCUCAUUUACAGACAAAGAACAUGGUGAGCAAGAGGUCAAAGUUCACAAGAAGCUAUAAGAUACAACAUUUACCUCAGGUACAGUAAUGCCUUCGGAAAAGUAUUCUUGCACCACCGCAGAGCAUGUAAAACUGCUGCAGAUUUUCGGUCAUAGCAGUACUGACAUUUUACUCAUCUCCAUUAUCGACAACAAAAAGCCGAAAAACUAAAAUAUAAAACCUUCUUUUGAGUCACUCAUUACAAUACCAGUAACACAUUUCAGCUUUCAUAAAUAUUAAUCGAACAAAGCCUUCACAGUUUAACAAACUACUGCCGUAAGCCUGUAUUCCAUUGCUUAACAAAAUAUGUAUUUACAUAGGCUAAUAUUACUUGUCCAGUUACAUUGUUAUUUUGUUUGGGUUGUCCAAUAUAUCCUGUUUAUUAUUACAAUUUAUAAGGUCUCAAUAGUAUUAGUGUGGGCCAAUCAGUGUUUUUAAGGGCGCUUUCAUAUUAAUUUAGUACCGUGCUGCUUUUAAGAGAAUGGAAAGAAAUAUAUUUCUCAAACGUUCUGCUGUAACUGUUGGGCAAGUACCAGAAUUAAUUUGGACCAGGGUUUGUUUUGCAUCUUCAUAGGCAUCCAAACGCUCCAGGAUCUUAUUCAGGUCUAUAUGUGAAAACACUUUUAAAUCGACCACCAAACCAUUAUUGCACGCACGUCACAAAAUACUGAAUAUAUUGAGGAUUCAAAACCGUCACUGGCAAAAUGAGGUUAGAGGCCUAGUUGCAUGGAGUUUUAUUUUCUGUACCGUCCUCGUCUCCAUGCAGCAUCUCAUCCAACAUCACAUUAUUAAAUCCUCAUCAGACAUAUUUACAAUGUCAAAACGUUGUAGUUCGUUGAUUUAAUACAAUAAAGCCAUAAACUAUUCCUUGAAUGGGUCACGUGGUUUUUUUUAUUAUUGAAGAAUUCCGUCUACACGUAGUUUGGUGCUGUGUAACCAUUGCAUUGAUUCUCGCUUGACUGUGAUUGAAGUUUGAGAGCAUUGUUGAGGUGCUCUUAUGCGAUCAUUUGAAUGACUCACAAUGUGUACCGUACAGGUUUUCAAUGAGCAGUACUGAGGUUUUCACUAUUUAGAGUCCUCUGCAUAUGAAACAGGGCAGGGGACGCCAGUUUUGUCUAGUAUGAUGGUAUAGUUAACCUAAUUUCUCUUUGCCACAAAAGUUCAAUGCUAACUCCCAACAGCUAUGAAGCUGCUUGUUUUCCACGUUGUACGUCCCACUUUUCAUAAAUGUUCAACCAAAAGCAUCAUUAGAUUAACCUUUCAUAAGGUGUUAUGAAUCUUACGUUUACUUGUUCUUUUACAGGCAUGCACUGUUGAACAGAAGAGUUUAAGUGGCAAAGAGAAGAGUUUAAAUGAGCAAGAGGAUAUUUUAAAUGAGGAAAAGAAGACUUUACGUGAUGAAGAGAAUAGAUUAAGUAAUGAAGAGAAGCCUUUAUGUGCAGCAGGGAAUCCUCACCGCGAGGGGAAUCCUCACCGCGAGGGGAAUCCUCACCGCGAGGGGAAUCCUCACCGCGAAAGGAAUCCUCUAUGUAAAGAGAAUCAUUUACACAAGGAAGAGAAUCCUUCACAUGAGAAAAAUUCUCUACACAAUGAAGAGAAUACUUCAUGUGGCGAAGAGAAUACUUCAUGUGAUGUGGAGAAGACUUUAUGUGACAUGGAGAGAGCUUUAUGUGACAUAAAGGGUGCAAGUGCUGAAGAAUUCAGUUCAAGUGAUGACGAGAUUCACAAAAACAGUUCAGGUGAUGAGGUAGAAGGACAAAGACUGGAUUCAAACGUUCCAAGUGGGUCCGAUCCUCUUCCAUCUAAUGCAGAAAGCUCCUGCGACAAUAAUGAAUAUGAGCAGUAUCCUCCAAAAACAGCACAAGCUAAAAAACCUUGCCGCAAGAAAUUUGCACCACGGAAAGGUACACGGUCAAGCUUACGUUACAGCACAAAAAUGACAGUCAGCGCAUGUAGUACGAUAGAAGAUGAGGAUGAGGAUGAUGAUGAUAAAAGAAAAUUGGGCAAAAAGCACUUUUGCCUGUAUUGCAAUCAACCACACCACAAAAUUGCAAGACAUUUAGAAAGGAUGCAUGCAGAAGAAGCAGCUGUUGCUCAUGCGAUCAGCUUCCCAAAACUCUCCAAAAUCAGGGCUCUCUUGCUUGACCAACUCCGUAACAAAGGCAACUAUCAACACAACUUUGAAGUUCUUCAAAGUGGAGAUGGAAAAGUUGUGACAAAGAAAAUACCCUCUUACGAUGGUGCUUCUGUGCGUGACUACCUGCCCUGCCAACACUGCUUAGCUUUUUUCAACAAAAUAGAUUUAUGGAAGCAUGAGGGCUCAUGUAAUACCAGAAAAGGACAAGAUGAAACGAGGGGAGGAAAAAGAGUGCGGAUCCAUGCUGCGUCCUCUCAACUUGUUCCAUUGCCUGUCUACUCUACUGGAGGAUGUGAAGAAAUAAUACACAAUAUGAAUCAAGAUGACAUCUCAUGCCACAUCAAAAAUGAUCCCCUGAUAUGUAAAUAUGGCAAUGCACUAUCCGCAAAGCAUGGCCAUGCCAAGUCACAGUUUACUUACAUUGGUUCAAAAAUGAGGGAAUUGGCUAGAUUUGUACUUACAGUAAAUGAGAUGGACUGUGGUGUCCAAUACUUGCAUGAAGUAUGUGUACCAUCCAAAUUCAAAUUGGCCGUUCAUGCUGCCAGGAAAAUGAGUGGUCAUGACCCUGCCUCUGACAGAUACAAGACCCCAUCUCUUGCUUUAAAGAUUGGCUAUUCCUUGAAAAGAGCGACCGAAAUAGCUUUUGGGGAGAGUCGUAUGACAGAGGACCGCGAGGCAGAGGAACAAGCCAAAAGGUUCAUUGAACUUCUUGAAAACGAUUGGAAUAACAGUUUUUCUGGUCUAUCCCUCAGCACUGUCCCUCAGUGUGAUGAAGUUGAUGUGUCUUCACUAACUGAGGAUUUGAUCAAACUUCAGAAGUUUCUCAAGGUUACAGAGGACACAGCGAGGAAAGAAUUGCUGGAGAGCCCUACCAAUGUUGUCUGGAAAAAGCUCAAUGAAACUCUUCUUGCAGAAAUAGCUCUCUUCAACAGAAAAAGGACAGGAGAGGUUGCGAAAAUGCUGUUGGAAACGUACACAAACAGGAAGAAAGCUCCAGCUAGUGCAGACAUUUUCAAUAGCCUCUCAAGGCUGGAGCAGGAGCUUGGUGACGACAAAUUAACCAGGGUGGAAAUAGAAGGAAAAAAUGGUAGGAAAAUGCCAGUCCUACUAACGGAGAGGAUGAUUUCAUCUCUUGACAUCCUUAUUGCAAACAGAGACAAAGUUGGUGUGUCAAAGGACAACCCUUAUGUCUUCGCACGGAGCCUGGAUGCAGCAAGCUACGUCAGAGGGUUUGACUGUCUGAGGAAAUUUGCACAUGAGUGUGAUGCAAAGAAUCCUGAAAGUCUGAUCCAUGCGACAGUGAGGAAAGAGGUUGCUAUUCAUUGCCAAAUACUGAACUUGAAUGAAAGUGAAUUGGAUCAAGUUGCAAAGUUAUUGGGACAUGACACCCAGGUCCAUAAAGAGUACUACAGACUCUCUGAAAAUGCAGCACAUCUAGCAGAAAUCAGCAAAUUGCUGCUUGCAAUGGAUCAGGUUCCAGUUGUAAUUCCAGGGCCGUCUGAGGAAAGGGUUGUUUCUCCUACAUAUGGUGAGUAUCAGUUGCUUUACAGGAUAUUUGGACUAACAUUUCCAUUGUGUUUUAGGAGUUAAAUGAUAAAUGUUGAGUGGGAAAAUCCCUGUUUUUGUGCCAUUUACAUGUUAACUAGACAUUUUUGAGACGCUUGCAACUUAUUGCUCUAUAGUGUUUGCUCUGUUCCUCUUCACAAUAUAUGAUAAUGACACAUGUUCAUGAAUCCUUUUCUUCUGUAUGUUUUCAUUUCAUAGGGACAUAUUCUGCGGGGACAGAUUCUGCGAGGACAUAUCCUACCGGGACACAUCCUACUGGGUCAGCAUAUCCGACAGAGACAUAUUCAGCAAAGUCAUAUACUGUGGGGGCACAGCCUUCAAGGUCAUAUCAUGCUGGGACAUAUCCUGAGAAGUCAUAUCCUUCAGAAUUACAUUCUGCAAUGUCAUAUUCUGAGGGGACAGAUUCUGCGAGGGCAUAUCCUAGUGUGACACAUCCUGCAGGGACCUAUCCAGCAAGUUCAUAUGUUGCAGGGACAUAUACUGCAGAGACACAUGAUGCAAGAUCAUAUCCUGCAAGUGCUUAUGACCUCUCAUCUCCUGCAAGAUCAUAUGCUUCGGGGACGAAUCCUGUCAGGUCAUAUCCUGAAGGGACAUAUCCUGCGGGGACACAUUUUGCGGGGACACAACUUGCGAGGUCAUAUCCUGCCGGAACAUAUCCUGCACAGACACUUCCUGCGCAAACACUCCCAGCGCAUACAGUUAUUACGCCAACACUUCAUGCCCAGACACUUCCUGCCCAGACAGCUCCAACACAGACGCUUCCUGUCGGGGCAGUUCCUGCAGGGACAGGUUCUGUGGGGACGGGUAAGGUGGGCACAGUGUGGAAACGGAGGCCGUGGAGUGAUGCUGCUAAGGCUGCAGUGAAGCGUCAGUUGGGACACUUUAUCUCAAUGAUGGAGGUUCCAGGUAAACGGGACUGUGAAGUAUGCCUCCACAAUGAACCAGCUCUACAAGACAGGACAUGGAGAGACAUCAAAAACUAUGUGCACAACACAGUAAAAUCUAUUAAAAGGAAGAAGGGCCUUACAAGAGUGGACCCCACCCAACAGACAAAGAAAGGACCGGCAAAGAAAGAAAAAGAAACGGAGGCAAAGAGUGCUAAGGAAGGAGUUGGUGGAACAAUGACAGUACCUUCACAGGAGAGACUAGAGGCAGGUCCUGUUGCUGUGGCAACACCAAGGAAACAGAAAAUAUGGGGUGAUGAGGCUCAGGCUGCGGUGAGGCGGCAGCUAGGAGACUUCACUAAACUGAUGAAGAUUCCAGGUAAAAAGGAAUGUGAUGCAUGUAUUGCAGCUGAACCAGCUCUACAAGGCAGGACAUGGAAAGAUGUAAAAAACUAUGUGCAUAACACAUUAAUGACGAUGUGCAGGAGGCAUAUUUCAGGCAAACAAAACAUGGAUCGUGAAAAACCAAGUCCAGUGACACAGAAACCAGGGUUGCAACAGAGUCCAGGGGUGCAUCAGAAACAAGGGGCGCUGUUGGGACAUCCAGAAGAUCCUCCUGUUUAUCUGUCCUUAUGAUUACCUUGAACUAGUUUGAAAACCUACCAUGGUUCAAGGUAAGCUAAAGGAGAAGAGGAUAGCUUUUGAUUUAAUCUGACAAUCCUUGCUCACUUUGAUCUCACUUUGUGACGGAAAGCAAGAAUGAAGUAGCAUUUUAAGGAUAUAAUAUCAGUACCUACUUUAUUCUGCAAAUGUAUCCGUAGCAACUACAUAGUGAUAUAUUAUGCAUGAAAACUUCGCAGAUGUUGAAAUUCUCAACUACAAAAUUCCAUUGUCAUAAUGCAUUAUGUGGCGGCAAAACUCAAAGCCUUUUGGCAUAGGCUACACAUUUGCAACCUUGGAGAAAGGAGGCAAGGAAGGAUGGACUCAUACCGUUUUGUUUAUUUAAAAAACCCAAUGGCCCUUUAUAAAUGCUGUCAAACUGAAUCUUCUGGGUCAGCAACGGCAACAAGGCCUCAUGGACGCACAUUCGGAAUCCAAACGCACCACAUGUUUCGAUUGAACCAUGUUGCAUAAAAAUGCCCAAGAUAACUGACUGAAAUACAGUAUAUGCUCCACAUGGAUAGAUAACAUGUACAGGCAUAAUUUAUGUUAAUUUUUUAACAACUUCGUUGAUUGUUGUGCAAACCUAUACAGUUAAACUGAUGACUUUAGCUUUUUGAUCACAUUACUAGUAUACUUUACUUUCACCAAAUGGAUCUGGAUCCAGAUGUACAAAAUGUUUUGUGUAUUCUUGCCUGUACCAUUGUAUAUGUAGCUAAUGUAUACAUGUAGGUUAGGUUUUGAGUAAAAACAACUGACCAGCAAACCUGGGAAUUUAGCAGGUUAUUCCUGGUAGAAGUGCGGUGUGAAUGGUUUUCAGGGCUCCAUCGGUAUGAGCUUCACAUUCUACAUAGUCACAUCACUCAAAACCUUAACAUUUUUGGUGUGGCUAAAAUCAUAUGGUCAAACAGUAAAGUUCAUUAUCCUCAUUCCUGUAAUAUUAGAGUCUACACUCCUGCCCCUGUUUCGCUGGGGCCUGCUGAUGUGAUGAGUGAGCCACUCCUCUCCAGGAGAAUAACAUUUGUUCUGAUUGUAUAACAAUAAGGAGGUCUCUGCUUUCUGCAUAUUUAGAGUUGGCAAUCUAAUGUGUUUUGAGUUUCCACUUCCACGGGUGUUGAAUUAGCCCCAAUAUCCAUAUUGUUAACCCAAAAUUAAUGCCAGUCACGGGGUUAGGUUGUAUAACUUGAAUCAUUCAUUCCUGAUUGGACAUGUUAGAUGAAACAACUUAUUUAUUGAAUAGCAUCUCGAGGUAGUCUAUUACAUUUCUUAAUAAAGAAUGACUGACUUUAUAAGAUGAUUACAAACAUUUUAUAUUGCAUGACGCUGCUUUUUGGGGGGGUUGAGACCAAAUCAUGGGCUGGUGCCAUCAACUGAAAAAGUUACGCACAGUUCAAACGCAAAAAACGUAUGGUGAGUCGAACUGAAUAGAAAUUAAAAGCAGGCUGGCACGGUUGAGAGCUUUUAUUGAUUUACCAAUUUGGUGUCAUACAACCGGUCUCAACACUGCAGACUUUCUUGUUGGGUUUGAGUCGAAUUCAGGCAUAACCGCGUUCUCUUCUGUGUUAAAGAAACCACAAGGUUUAUUGCACUAAAAAGGCAAAGACGAUUCACAUCUGUGCAGUGCGGAAGUUAAUGUCUGAAACUGAAUAUGAUCGGUUUAAUGUGUCUCGGUUAACGUAGGCCAUAAUGUAUCUAAAGAUUUCAUAACUCACGUUUGCUAAGGAAUCACGAAACGUCCCCUCAUCCCUAAAAUAAACCAUGCGAUAUUACUGUGCAACGUAGACGUUUUAGUUUCUCCCGAGAUUGCAAAAGGAUUUUUAUGUUUGUGGUGCCCAUCAGUUAUGACUAUUACAACCUGUGUGUUGAUGUUGUUUUUACCGUCAGUUGCUGGUUUCAAAGAGCACCAAAAACUACACUAACCCAGUCAACGCGUCCACCUGUGAAUCCGAGGGCAUACUUCUGCUGUGGGUGUUGUAGCGAAGCAACCUUUAUUUGCAUGCAAUUAACAUAUAUUAAUAGACAUUACAAUUUGACUGAUUGUGGAAGAACUGCUCUUGCGCGCUGCAUGAAACAGGCGUGCUUCACCCGCGCGGAAAGAGCGGCAGAGGCUGCUGAACUAUCAUCAAAAGUCAGACGAGGCGCACUGCGUGGUUUCAGACGGCACUCUAUCCCUGCUUCCAAAGAGAAAGUGACAUAUUUUUUGUUCGGUGCUGUGUUUGAACAAGGGCUUAGUGGCCCAGGUGCCACCAGGGGAAAAUGCUGGUCUGGAGCCAUGGGUUUACAUACGAAGUGUGUUCCCAGCUAAGGGAGUAUGGUUUGAUGUUUGAGGCGCUUGAAAACCAAUCAUGUCAAGAAUAAUGUUUAUUUGGCUGUUCUAGAACUAUAAUCUUUAGAUGAAGAGACGGCUCCAUUUGAAAAUGGUUACUUAUUAUAAAUACAAGGCAUACAUACACUAUCCACAUUCAAUUGCUUUUGAAGCAUGGUUGAGUUUAUUAUCAUGGAUAUUGUACUUAUGUUAUUAACGUUAGCGAGCUAGCUAGCUAGUAUUCCUAGCUACCGGUAUGUAUCAGUAGUUGUUUUUUAUAUUCGUUUUUAAAUAUAUAUAUAUAUUUAUAAACAAUUUAGAUUUUAUCGUUCAUUUCAAUCUCGCUCGUUUUUGUGGAUAUUUGCUUCUAGAUGUAAUUCAUUUUCAUUACUAAGCCAGAUUCCCCCAGCUGCAUGACCCAGUGAGCCAUCUCAGUCCUGGCGAGUUGCUUUAUUCAAAAGGAGCUGUUGAUUAGGCUUGCCAGGUGGUCAGAGUUUGUGCUUUAGGACCAUUGAAAGGGCAAGGUCAGUGAACUUUUCAGAUCCUAUCAAAGGGCCCAUUAAUGGCUACAUCCCGAUUUUCCACCCUUCUCCCAAAGUGACUGGGAGUGUGCAAGUAAACUCUUUGAAAGAAGUGUGGAGAAUCUGUAAGCAGCAUGAGUGAUGGCUGAUGGGUUUGGCAAGGACUGGUGGACUUUUAUUGGCCAUCCCUUUACAUCGAAAGUUUAUAUGUGUGGAGGCUCUAACAUGAUUCCUAAACCGAAGCCUUGUUUAUUGUCACUAGUAACUUUACUGUAAUGUUCACUAAAAUUUGAUGACUUCCAAUCCAAUUUGAGGCAGUUUUUGGUUCUCCGAUCCACUCCUUUGACCCAAAAGUUACUAUUGAUAAGUAACUGAAAUCUGCUUUGCCAACUGGAAACAGUUCCUUUGUUCUGAGUGUGGAAUUGGUUUCAGAGAUUCGCACACAACCUAGGCUAUUCCUCUUGUACCUGUCUUUCCUACUAAAUAUGAUGUGGAUGAUUAGGCAUUAACUGUCCAUGUACUUGUUUAAUUGCUUCUUGUCAAAUGAUAAACAUUUAAACUUUUUAUAUUAAUGUUGCUAUUAUUCACUACGGUCUUAACCAUAUUGAUUCACAGCAGCCGUUUAAGUUCCUCAACACUAAUUUAGGCUGACUAACUUGUAUAGGGUUUGAUGGCUGUUGCUUCUCUGUAUUAUUUGAUCCACUUGCCUACUAGAUAAUGUUACUAUUGCAAGUAAACCUUUCUGUUGCUUCUAAUUGGAUCAAGGUUCAAGGAGGAAUAAUGUAAAUAAAUUAGUUCAUAGUUAUCAGUUCAUGUUAUAACUGCAUAAGGUCUGCCACAGUGUUAGGUGUUAACUGAGAAAAAAUCAGGGGUUUCAACCACACCCCACUAUUUACUGUCGAAAGACAUGGACAUCAUUGCUUAAAUUGUGUUUUUUUCACCAACAUGUAUUUGUUAUCAAGCUGCCUUUUGUUACCACCUGGUGCUCAUUGUGUGUACUGUAAGAUACUAUAUUUGCGCCGUUAAUAAAUUGUUACUUGACGUAAACUUUCUAAGCUGCAAGACAUGCUCUUUCAGUUCUGAGAAUAUUCAUACAGCCUACUUGAUGUCCAUCAUUAGUGUUCCAACAGGGAUUUAGAAUCGUACCAAUAACGGUAAUGGAAAACAGCUUGCUUCCAUUCAGCCAAGAGCAUUAGUGAGGUCGGGCACUGAUGUUGGGCGAUUAGGCCUGGCUCGCAGUCAGCGUUCCAAUUCAUCCCAAAGGUGUUUGAUGGGGUUGAGGUCAGGGCUCUGUGCAGGCCAGUCAAGUUCUUCCACACCGAUCUCGACAAAUCAUUUCUGUAUGGACCUCGCUUUGUGCACAGGGGCAUUGUCAUGCUGAAACAGGAAAGGGCCUUCCCCAAACUGUUGCCACAAAGUUGGAAGCACAGAAUCGUCUAGAUUGUAAUUGUAUACUGUAGCGUUAGGAUUUCCCUUCCCUGGAACUAAGGGGCGUAGCCCGAACCAUGAAAAAUAGCCCCAGACCAUUAUUCCUCCUCCACCAAACUUUACAAUUGGCACUAUGCAUUCGGGCAGGUAGCGUUCUCCUGGCAUCCGCCAAACCCAGAUUCGUCCGUCGGACUGCCAGAUGGUGAAGCGUGAUUCAUCACUCCAGAGAACGCGUUUCCACUGCUCCAGAGUCCGAUGGCGGCGUGCUUUACACCACCCCAGCCGACGCUUGGCAUUGCGCAUGGUGAUCUUAGGCUUGUGUGAGGCUGCUCAGCCAUGGAAACCCAUUUCAUGAAGCUCCCGAUAAACAGUUAUUGUGCUGACGUUGCUUCCAGAGGUAGUUUGGGACUCUGUAGUGAGUGUUGCAACCGAGGACAGAAUUUUUACGCUCUACGCACUCGGCGGUCCCGUUCUGUGAGCUUAUGUGGCCUACCACUUCGCGGCUGAGCUGUUGUUGCUCCUAGACGUUUCCACUUCACAAUAAAAGCACUUACAGUUGACCGGGGCAGCUCUAGCAGGGCAGAAAUAUGACGAACUGACUUGUUGGAAAGGUGGCAUCCUAUGACGGUACGAUGUUGAAAGUCACUGAGCUCUUCAGUAAGGCCAUUCUACUGCCAAUAUUUGUCUAUGGAGAUUGCAUGGCUGUGUGCUCGAUUUUAUACACCUGUCAGCAACGGAUAUGGCUGAAAUGGCGAAUCCACUAAUUUGAAGGGGUGUCCACAUACUUUAUAAAUAUAGUGUAUCAUCACCAUUGCUCAGUGCUUUGUGCUUUUACGAACUUAACCUUUUGGAUGAAAAGAGAACACCCUAGGUAAGUCGAUAAGUUUAACUUUCAAAAAAGUGAACUUGCCCUUUUUUUGUUAUUUUUAAACAAUUAGCUGUACAGAUACAUUUGGAUUGCUGCCCCGCUUCCCAUAGUGUUUGCUACAAGAGGCUUUGGAAAGCUUUAGUCCUCAGUAAUGAAGGAGUUUGUGUCUGUGUGUGUUGCCUCCUGCAGGACUCCAGUGGUAUGUCCCUGAGUAUGUUGGCAGCAGCAGGGGGACAGGAUGACAUCCUGAGGCUGCUGAUUAAGAAGGGGGUGAAGGUGAACGGACGGCAGAAGAACGGAACCACUGCCCUUAUGCACGCUGCAGAGAAGGUAACACAGGACAGACUGGUUUAAACCGCCUCAUUACAAGUAAAGUCUACACACAUGUAUACGCUACUCUUGUUUGUGUGUAAAUGUCUGUUUGCAAGGUUUACUUACUUACUUAACCCUCUCCUUACAUUUUUUCAUUUCAGAACUUCCUGACCACAGUUGCUAUCCUCCUGGAGGCAGGGUCCUACGUCAACGCUCCGACACUGGGAGGAGAGACGGCCCUGAUGAAGGUACGGAGGAGGAGGGGGAAAAACGGGGGUGAUGAAGAGAAAUGCUGUGUUUUAAUUAGAAAGCAACAUAUCACCCCUGAAGCAUAGAGACUAAGCUCGUCAAUGACCCCUAUUUGUGAAUACCCUCAUUUCUGCUAAAGUCCUGUGGGACAGACUUAUCGCUAUAGUUCUUUACCAGUAGCCUCUGUUCUUCAGGCGUGUAAGAGGGGGAAUGCUGACGUGGUGCGCCUCCUACUGGAGUACGGGGCCGACUGCAACAUCCUGUCCAAACACAAGAAUACGGCCAUGUACUUCGCCAAGGUCAGCAACAACCUGCUUGUGUACGACCUCAUCAAGGACCACAUCAACAUGUGAGUGUUGCUGCCAUGUCUCACUCUCGCUCUGUAAACGUAUGAAUCAGUCUGUAUAAAUAAAGGUACAUAUGUAACAGAGUUAAGAUUGUAUACUGUAACCCCACAUACUGUUAGCAGCACAGUGAUGCCUUAUUCUUUCUCACACAUUCUCUCCCUCACAUACACAGGUUGUCAAGUGUGGCAGAGGACACUAUCCGGGCGUUCUUUGAGACUCGGCUGGCCCUGCUGGAGCCGGUGUUCCCUCUGGCCUGUCACAGACUCUGUGAGGGACCAGACUUCUCUCUGGAGUUUGGCUACAAACAAUCGCCUCACACACCUGGAGAGGGUAGGAUACACCUACAAACAGUGCUAAUCACUUGCACACACUGUAUUGGGGGGUUAGGGAAAGCAUUUAAUCUCUCCCUCCCUCUCUCCUCCCUCUCCUCACUCCCUCUCUCCUCCCUCUCCUCACUCCCUCUCCUCACUCCCUCUCUCCUCCCUCUCCUUCCAGGCUCAGGCAUCCUGCUCUUCAUCUUCCAUGCUAACUUCCUGAGUGAGAUCACAGCCAGGCUGUGUGGGCCCUGCAGUGUCCAUGCCGUGGUGCUCAAUGACAAGUUCCAGUUGCCCAUCUUCCUGGUGAGUCUCACUCUAGAUCAGGAGUACUGGAGGUCUGGAGAAUGGCUGGUUUUCUGUUUUACCUCAUAGUUAGUUGAUUGAUUCGUGUCACUGAUCUUUUCCUCUUUCAAUUACACCCCACAGGAUAGUCACUUCAUCUACUCAUUCAGCCCAGUGCCAGGCAUCAACAAACUGUUCAUUCGCCUGGCAGAGUCACCAACAGCCAAGGUAAACACACACACACACACACAGCAGAGUAACCUAUGACCAUGGUGAGAGGGGGUCUAGGCCAAGUUACUGUAAAAGACUGACAAGUUGUUGAUAAAUUAAAUUUGACCAAUACAUUUGAUUGAUGGACUCUUUCUUUCUCCCCAGGUGAAGCUUCUCAUCUGUGCAUACCGUGUUCAGCUACAGUGAUGCGUAGCACCUGCCAAGUUCAGAGUUUGCAAGCUGUCUGGAUCCCAAGCACACCAUGGGAGAUCACACAAACCAAGAUUCACACAUGUGCAAUCACACAUGAAGAACAGUUUGAGCCACACGCCAGGCUACCUUCAUAUAAAGUUGUUGGACAUUAAGCAUCCACCCAGAGUUUGAGAGACUGUUUCUCUGGCAGAGGAUUAAAGGACAAGAACAGCAUCUCAACCCUGUCCAUUGACCAAUCAUGUAUAUUUCUGUGUGUACGAUUUAAUACUUUAACUGAAGUCUUUGAGUUCUGCUUUUGUGUAUGCGUAGGGGGACAAUAGCCUGAUGUAUUUUUGUUGGUGCUCUUGAUGGCAUCACAGGCAAGGAGUUAAUGUCAGAUUCUUUAGACCAAGUUAAUGCUUUGCCCAAUUAUACAAUUUUAGAAAUGAGUUGUUGCAUUUGCCUUUCUGGAGUUGUCUAUUUUAUUGUCUGUAGAUACACGUGUGGAGUGUCAAGCUUGAAGGAUGUUUGUUGAUUUAGGCACUUUUGCCACUGUUGGAGUGGGUUAAAUUAUAGCAUGACGCUUCAGAUGUAAUUUUACUAAAGGGCUAACGUGUCACUCCUUACGAGUGAAGAAUCCUGCUUCUUGGGAUUGGAGGAAAACACUAAAGAUGAAUACUCUAGUCUAGGACUACAUGAGAGCUUUCAAAAAUGCAUGAUUUUAACGACUUUAUCAAAAUAGAUCGCUUGUAGUUAUGGUGGUAGUUGCAAUGACGAAAAUGCAGAGUACAUCCUGGCAAUGACAUGACUUGCUGACAUACGAUAGAUAUGGGAUGAACAUUUAUCCAUGAUAAUCUACUGUAAUAUGAAGGAAUUGCCAUCCUUGUUUUAUAAGAUUUGGGAACUAAUUUGAUAUGAGGAUUUAUUCUGCCUUAAUAGCCACAUCAUUGAAAUAAUUUCCCCCUUUUUGUCAACUGCUGUGUAAGCUGUGGCAAUGAAGUAAAAUGGUGAAAUUCACCAAAGGAUACCAAUGUCUGUAGUUUAUUCUGAAGAUAUGUCAAUGUAGGCGCGGAAGCACAAGCGUAUCCUACCAGAGUCCUUCCCGGAAGAGUUUUGAAAUCUGCCACACACCCUUUGAAUCAGAUAUUGUUUUCUCGAAGGAGAAAACAUUUUAAAAAGAGUAUCUAUAAAAUGUCUUGCACAACUAGCUAAAUAGGUUUUUAUCACUUUAUACAUUUAUUUUGGGAUUCCACCUUGUAAACGCCAUUUGCCUGAUUUUGCGUUUGGAGAAGGAGAGUCAUUUCAUACGGUCCGUGUUAUCUGGGAUCCUUGGGACUUCCCUACCCAAUUGAAGUUGAAUGGUAAGGGUUAUGUUCAGUGAUGCUUUUAGCAUGUAAAUCUUGGUGGGGAAAACUACAAAAAUAAUGCAUGCCAGCAAAGCCACAACACGAUUGGAAUAACAGUUUUUCUGGUCUAUCCCUCAGCACUGUCCCUCAGUGUGAUGAAGUUGAUGUGUCUUCACUGAGGAUUUGAUCAAACUUCAGAAGUUUCUCAAGGUUGCAGGGGACACAGCAAAGAAAGAAUUGCUGGAGAACCCAACCAACGCUGUCUGGAAAAAGCUAAAUGAAACUCUUCUUGCAGAAAUAGCGCUCUUCAACAGAAAAAGGACAGUGGAGGUUGUGAAAGCGCUGUUGGAAACGUACACAAACAGGAAGAAAGCUCCAGCUAGUGCAGACAUUUUCAAUAGCCUCUCAAGGCUAAAGCAGGAGCUUGGUGACGACAAAUUAACCAGGGUGGAAAUAGAAGGAAAAAUGGUAGGAAAAUGCCAGUCCUACUAA